CACUUUUCCCUGUGAGAUCCAAGGAAACCCAGCCUGGUCCGACGGAGUCCAUUUCAACUGUUAGGGAGCAGAAUGGAUGAAAAACACCGAGACUAAGCGACUCAUUGUGUCAACGAGUCUGAAAAAAAAGAGACAAAAAGCAAGCCAGCCAAGCAUUUUAUGACUGAAAGGACCCGUGAAUAACCCGCGGAAACACGUCUCAUCUCUUCAAUUUGCAGCCGUUCAUUGUUUUCCCACGAAAUUCCAGUAGUGGGAUGCUUUCUCGUUGUGUUGCUUCACGGGGUUAAAACGGCACAAUUCAGGGAGAGAUAUGGGUGAAGUUCAGGACGUCAGGGAUGCGAAGAAGACCUUCGUUACUCCAGCUAUAAAGUCCUUUGAGCACUAUGACUUCUCCCGAGCUAAAAUCUGUUGCAGCCUCACAUGGCUGGUGGCCAAAGCGUAUGGGACAGACAGCAUCCCAGCAGACUUGAAGGACCCGUUCUACACAGACCAGUACGAGCAGGAGCACCUGAAGCCUCCCGUAGCCAGCCUCCUGCUAUCCGCCGACCUCUACUGCAGGGCCGGCAGCCUCAUCCUGAAGAGCGACACGGCCAAGCCCCUGCUGGGUCACGAUGCCGUCAUCCAGGCCCUGGCCCAGCGUGGCCUCUAUGUCACCGACCAGGAGAGGCUGGUCACUGAGAGGGACCUGCGAAAGAGGCCUCUGCAAAUGAGCGCCCAUCUGGCAAUGAUCGACACUCUGAUGAUGGCGUACACGGUGGAGACUGUGAAUGCGGAGAAGGUGAUGGCCUGCAUUCGUCAGUAUUCAUCCUGCAACCCUGAAGCUGAGACGCCUUAUGACACAGAGGACGCAGUGACCACCUGGAUCAACAAGGUAAAUGAAUAUCUGAAGGACGUCGUGGCUCAGGAGCAGAGGAAGAAGGAAAUACAGACAGCUGAGCCAGCUGGGAGUCCACGGUCUCCAACCAAGUGGUACAUGAAGCUUGUGCCUGCUCGCUACAGGAAGGAGCAGGCCUUGACCCAGCCGGCUCCCUGGAUCCCCCCAGUGGACAACCUGCUUAAAGACAGCACAGACGGCUCGGCCCUGGGUGCACUGCUGCACUUCUACUGCCCUCAGCUGCUGCCGCUGGACGAUGUCUGUCUGAAAGAGAAUAUGAGUCUGGCUGAUCGACUGUACAACCUGCAGCUCAUACAAGACUUCUGCAAGGACAACCUGAACAGCUGCUGCCACUUCAGCCUGGAGGACAUGCUGUACGCCUCCUCCACCGUCAAGAAUAACUACCUGGUGUUCAUGGCAGAGCUGUUUUGGUGGUUUGAGGUGGUUAAGCCGUCUUUUGUGAAACCAAGACUGCUGGAAAUCGAAGGAACAGAACCCUCCUCCUUGUUGAAGAAUAUGCCAGCCAUCCCCAUUUCCAAGGCAACUAAGAGAAGCUUCAUGGAAAGGCCGCCAAGUCCUGAAAGACCCAGUUUACCCCUCCGCCCCCAGCCUCGAAACUCAGGAGAGAUCAAGAGGUCAACCUCAAUGUCCUUUGUUGACGGCAACCUCGGCACAUGGCCCAAAGAGAAAAGAUCUGGGCCUUACGGAGUGUCUUUUGACAUCCCCUUUGACAAAGACGACUCUGCUCCUGCCUCUUAUUCCUCCACACGUGGCAUGGUCAGGUCCAUCAGCACAGAUGAUGGUUCUGGUUUCAAAGUCCACCACAUGCCCCGUGGAAUGAAACGCAACCUGUCCUUCCAGCCAGUCAAUGGUCAGAGUGUUGGCAUUGAGGAGGAAGGCUGCCCAGACAGCUUAGCUGGCAUGGAGCCCAGCAGGCGGACGUACUCCAACGGACAUGGAAGUGCCAUGGCAACAACUCCCUCAAUGGAGGAAGCCCUUCAGAUUAUCCACAGCCCGAGUAGGCCCCCAGUGGAGGGCAUCAACAACGGUUUCUUCCUGCACAGUCAGACCCAUGGGGCUGGUGUUGGUGGCUUAGACCCGGUGUCAGAGCUGGACUCCAAAGGACCUCUAAGCACCACAGAUACCACGGAGGUCGACACUGGCAUCCAUCUCCGAACAGAGGACAUGCUGGAUGAAGAUUCCUCUCUGAAAGACUGCUCUGUGAACAUGGAGCUUGAUAUGGACACACCAAGCCCCUGCCCGAGCAAUCUGAGCAAAUCCCCCUCAGCAGUGAAGAUGACCAGCUUUGCCGAACAGAAAAUGAAGAAGCUCAAUCCAUCAGCGCCAGACUCUGGCAGGGGCAGCAGCAGCUCCCUGAAGACCACUCCAGAGGGCUCUGAGUUUGGCCUUCCGUUAUCUGUCUCCUGGGCCCCAACCCCUGAGCACAGCCCCAUCCAUCAACACACCCCGCCACCAAUUUCUGCUCAGGCAUCACCCACACCUGUCCAGCUUCCACCCAACGACCCAGCGCAAGUCAUGGCUACAGAGAUGGUACAUCUGAGGAUGAGGCUUGAGGAGAAACGGAAAGCCAUAGAGGCACAGAAGAAGAAAGUGGAGGCUGCUUUCACGAGGCAUCGGCAAAAGAUGGGUCACUCAGCAUUCCUCAAUGUGGUAAAGAGAAAAGGCGAUGGGGCUGCUAGUGGAGAGGAAGGAGGGAAAACUGAGGGAGAAGGGAAGUCAGCAAGCACAAGUCCCACCUUUAAAUUUGGAAGGAGCAAGGCAGACACCCCUGAUGGGGCAGAGCAAAGCAGCACAGCCUCCUGCUGGCAGAAGUCACCUGGUGCAGGUGAGGAAGGUGGACAAGGCCACGCUCAGCUCACUGAAGUGGAUCUUACAGAGUAUACACGCUCGAUUGAAAAACUCAACCAUUCUUUAGCCUUCCUCCAGACUGAGAUGCAGCGAUUGGCUCAGCAGCAGGAAGUAAUCAUGGCCAUGAGGGGGCAACAGCAUCAGCAGGCAUGGGUCAUCCCUCCUCCGCACACAAACCCCUCACCACAAAAACACAGUCGAGCCGUCACUCGAUCCUCAGGACCCUCCUCUCCUGCCGACUCCCCUCGCUCCACCCACCGCUCUCCAACCAGCAUCAAACGCAAAUCUGCCUCCUUCCAUUCACGUAAUCCUCGCACUGCUCGACCCAAUGAGCUCAAGCUGGCGCCCUACAACAGAGUCCUAACUGCCCCGCAAUCUGUCGAUAGCAUUCCGAGGCUGCGUAGAUUUUCUCCUUGCCAGCCCUUGGCGAGUUCUUUCGUUUACAUGGGGGAGAAACCAGCACCUGCAGCCCCAGAUAGCGACAAAAACAAGGAAUCAGAUUCACGCCUUUCCCCACAGAGAGAGGUGGCAAGUGUAUGUAUAGUCCAUUCACCCCCGAGCUCUCCCAACCUGCAGAACAAACAAGAACAAACGGAAGCAGAUACAAAUGCCCAAACCCAGCAAACAGAAGCUCAGUCCAAGACGUCCAACAUGGGAACCAAUGACCAAAAAGCCAUAGCUCAGAAGUCAACUGUCGAACUCAAACCUACCAUGGAGGCGUCAUUCCCUGAGAUUCUUGCCCACCCUGUGGUAGAGACCUUCACGGUGAUGCCCACAGAGAUCCCUCCUCAGCCAGAACCCUCUGAACAAGCCAAAAGCAAUUUGAUUGAGGUUCCUCUGUCGGUCGUGAACCCACUGGAGGAUCUGCCACUUGAUGAUGGUUUGGAAAUGCAACAAGGGAAUGCGGAAGGCUUGGAUGAUGAACAGAAGAUAUGCCGCGGUUUCUUCUUCAAGGAUGAUGGGAAGGCAGAGGAGAACAUGGCACAGAAGAGGGCUGCACUGCUGGAGAAAAGGAUGAGAAGGGAGAAGGAGAGCCAGCAGAGGAAGAUGCAGCUGGAAGCUGAACUGGAGCAGAAGAAAGAGGAAGCUCGACUGAAAGCAGAAGAGGAGCGUAUCAGGAAGGAGGAGGACAAGGCCAGGAGGGAGUUCAUCAAGCAGGAGUACCUCAGGAGGAAGCAGCUGAAGCUGAUGGAGGACAUGGACACCGUCAUUAAACCUCGGCCAGCCGGUGGGGCCAAGCAGAGGCGAGGCCGGCCCAAGUCUAUCCAUCGUGACAGCGUGGACUCGCCCAAAACCCCCGUCAGAGCUGCCACAGGUUCACGGCAGCGUGUCUUUUCAGUCUCCAGCUUGUCCCUCGCUUCCCUCAACCUGGGAGACAACGACAGCGUUCACUCUGACAAGAGAGCACCAAGAAGUUCUAGUUUAGCUUCUGGCAGUCUCUUCUACUUUCUGAGCUCUCCUAAACUGAGAAGGAGAAGGCCAGACUCUGCAGAUGGCUUCCUCUCCCCAAGUCGCUCCAGCAGCCGGAAUGGAGAAAAGGACUGGGAGAAUGGAUCCACCACCUCCUCUGUUACAUCCAACACAGAGUACACUGGACCGAAGCUGUACAAGGAGCCCAGUGCCAAAUCUAACAAGCACAUCAUCCAAAAUGCUCUGGCUCACUGCUGCCUCGCAGGCAAGGUCAACGAGGGGCAAAAGAACAAGAUCCUGGAGGAAAUGGAAAAAUCGGAGGCCAACAACUUCUUGGUUUUGUUCCGAGAUGCGGGCUGCCAGUUUCGCUCUCUCUACACUUACUGCCCCGAGACUGAAGAGAUCAACAAGCUGGCAGGUAUCGGCCCCAAGAGCAUCACGCGCAAGAUGAUCGACGGCCUCUACAAGUACAACUCGGACAAGAAGCAGUUCAGUCAGAUACCAGCUAAGACCAUGUCAGCCAGCGUGGACGCGGUGACGAUCCACAACCACCUCUGGCAAACCAAGAAGCCAGCCACCCCUAAAAAAGUAGUGCCUGCCCAGUCCUAAUGGAACUUGAUACCCCUCCCC